AUGGCUGAAAACUUUGCUAAAGCAAACCAGUACCAAUACGCCGCUACAUCCAGUUUGGUUCUACAAGCCAACCGCAAAGGAUUGCCUCGCAGAGACCAAGAGCCCACUGGAGAACCCGACUCGUUGUGGGGCAAAAUCGAUCCCAAAUCAUUUGGUUCACGUGUAGAAAGAGAAGCACCCAAAGACAUUGAACAGAAAAAGAAAAAGGCGGCUGCUAGACGCUCUGAUGAUUCCAACGAAAAGAGACGCAAAAAGAAGGAAGAAAAAGCCAUCAGCAAAGCAUACGGCUAUUCAUCUGUUCUUUCAGCGACUGAGGAUUGGGAAGGUCUCAAUUACAGACCUCGCACCAAAGAAACACGCGAAGCUUACGAGCACAUCCUCUCCUUUGUCUACGAGCAUUUGGGCGAUCAAGCUCGUGAUGUGAUUCGAAGUGCUGCUGACGACGUUUUAGAGACACUCAAGACAGAUACACUCAAGGAUUUCGACAAGAAGAAGGAAAUUGAAUCAGUCAUUGGUCACAUUGAAUCUGAACAUUUUGCUCAACUCGUCAACCUGUCAAAGAAGAUUACCGAUUAUUCAGCAGACGGUGAAGCUAUGGACGUGGAUGAAAAUGGCGAUAAAGUAGGCGAGAUUGAUGAUGAGCUCGGCGUCGCUGUUGUCUUUGACGAUGACGAAGAUGAAGAGGAGGAAGACGAUCAGUUUGAAAUGAAGGACGACGAAGAGGAAGACGUGGACGAAGAGACAACAGCUGCUAUUGCUAACCCAGAAGACGACGAUCAGGCUGCUGAAUCCACUGACGAAGAGGAUGGCUUCAAAACAGUGCUUCCUGGGCAAGACAAGGGCAAGAAGAAGGCGCACAAAAAGACAGAUGCCUCCCAGGAUGAAGACGCCAUCUUUCCCCAUGACAUCGACGCUUUCUGGCUUCAACGUCAAAUUGCUGCUCAAUACCCUGAUGCUCACACUGCUCAAGAAAAGACGGUACAAGCUUUUGAGAUCCUUGGGUCCGAGACCAUUGACAUUCGUGAUUGUGAGAAUGAAUUGAUGGGCUUGUUUGACUAUGAUAAGUUCGACCUUGUUCGCAUCCUCACCAAGAACCGUGAUCUCAUUUACUGGUGCACUCGCUUGGCUCGUGUUGAUGGCGAUGAUAAACUCGCUGUCGAAAAGGAGAUAGAGGACAGAAACCUGGGCUGGAUCUUGCGUAGUCUCAGUGGUGAUCGUCAACGUCGCGGUGAAGCACUCGAGAGAAAGGGUGUUGUGGAUACAGCUAUGGAGAUUGAUAGCGAGGAUGCUGCUGCUACUGGUCGCAGUCGUGGCCAGUUGCCUACUACAGUGACCAUUACGCCAGGCACAACAUUGGCUCCUCGUCAAAUGAUUGAUUUGGAAGACCUCGCUUUUGAACAAGGUUCUCAUCUCAUGUCCAACAAGAAGGUCAAGCUGCCUGACGGUUCCUUCAAGCGUUCUAAGAAAGGCUAUGAAGAGAUCCAUGUACCUGCACCCAAGCCUGAGCAGUUUGCUACGGGCGAGAAGCUGGUGCCUAUCAAAUCCAUGCCUGAAUGGGCUCAAGACGCUUUUGUGGGCCCCACUACACUCAAUCGUGUACAGAGUAGACUGUAUCCUACUGCCUUUGGUACCGAUGAAAACCUGUUGUUGUGUGCCCCUACGGGUGCUGGUAAGACCAACGUUGCCAUGCUGACCAUCUUGCAUGAACUUGGCAAAAACCGUGAUCCUGAGACUGGCUUGAUUGAUUUGGAUGCUUUCAAAAUUGUAUAUAUUGCUCCUAUGAAGGCUUUAGUCGCUGAAAUGGUGGGUAACUUUAGCCAACGUCUCAAGCCUUAUGGUAUCAGUGUCGCUGAAUUGACCGGUGAUCGUCAGCUCACUAAACAGCAAAUUGCUGAAACGCAGAUCAUUGUCACUACGCCUGAGAAGUGGGAUGUCAUUACACGCAAAGCAACUGAUCGCAGCUACACAUCUUUGGUGCGUCUUAUCAUUAUCGAUGAAAUUCACUUGUUGCACGAUGAUCGUGGUCCUGUGCUGGAGAGCAUCAUUUCUCGUACCAUCCGCACCAUGGAGCAAACACAAGAGUUGGUGCGUCUGGUCGGUCUGUCAGCUACUUUGCCCAACUAUGUGGAUGUGGCCGCUUUCUUGCGUGUCGAUAACAAGACAGGCUUGUUCCACUUUGACAGUUCUUUCCGCCCCUGUCCCUUAAAGCAACAAUUCAUUGGUGUCACUGAAAAGAAGGCUAUCAAGCGAUUCCAAACCAUGAACGAAGUUUGUUACGAAAAGGUGAUUGAGCAGAUUGAUCAGCGAGAGGAGAACCAAGUGCUUGUCUUUGCGCAUUCUCGAAAGGAAACUGCAAAGACUGCAAAGACGCUGCGUGAUAUGGCCUUGGACAAAGAUACCAUUACUCGUUUCUUGAAGCAAGACUCUGCCAGUCGUGAAAUCCUGCAAUCGGAAGCUGCUACUGUCAAGGAUGCCAAUCUCCAGGAUCUCUUGCCUUAUGGUUUCGCUAUUCAUCAUGCUGGUAUGACGCGUGCUGAUCGUACACUUGUGGAAGAGUUGUUUGCUGAUGGUCAUAUCAAGGUGCUUUGUUCUACUGCUACACUUGCUUGGGGUGUCAAUUUGCCUGCCCACGCUGUCAUUAUUAAGGGUACUCAGAUCUACUCUCCCGAAAAGGGUCGCUGGGUCGAGUUGUCUCCUCAAGAUGUCCUUCAGAUGUUGGGUCGUGCUGGCCGUCCACAGUUUGAUACCUAUGGUGAGGGUAUCAUUAUCACUGCCCAUUCAGAGCUUCAAUACUACCUGUCUUUGCUAAAUACACAGCUUCCCAUUGAAUCUCAAUUCGUCUCUCGUCUGGCUGACAACCUCAAUGCCGAAAUUGUCCUGGGUUCCAUCAGAAACCGUGAUGAAGCUGUGCAGUGGUUGGGUUACACUUACCUCUACGUCCGUAUGCUGCGCAAUCCUUCUCUCUACAGUGUCUCACAGGACGACUUGGAAGAUGACCCUCAUUUAGAGCAGAAGCGUGUGGAUCUGAUCCACUCUGCCGCCACCGUCUUGGAUAAAUGCAACCUUAUCAAGUACGACAAGAAGUCCGGCCGCUUUCAAGUAACUGAAUUGGGUCGCAUUGCCUCUCAUUACUAUGUCACUCAUCACUCCAUGUCCACCUACAACCAACACUUGCGUCCCAUGAUGAGCGAAAUUGAGCUCUUCCGUGUGUUUGCCCUCUCGGAUGAAUUCAAGUACAUCCCUGUACGUGAAGAGGAAAAGAUGGAGCUGCAAAAGCUGCUGGAACGUGUCCCUGUCCCUGUCAAGGAAAGUCUGGAAGAACCUACCGCCAAGAUCAAUGUCUUGUUGCAAGCCUACAUCUCUCAACUCAAAUUGGAUGGUUUUGCUCUGACAUCCGAUAUGGUCUAUGUAACUCAAAGCGCUGGUCGUAUUAUUCGUGCCAUGUUUGAAAUUUGUCUUAAGCGUGGUUGGGCUCAGUUGACUAAAAAGGCGUUGAAUCUGUGUAAGAUGGUUGAAAAGCGCAUGUGGUUGCCCAUGUCUCCUCUGCGUCAAUUCAAGGCCAUGCCUCAAGAUAUUGUGCGUCGCCUGGAACGCAAGGAAUUCCCCUGGGAGAGAUACUUUGAUCUGAACCCUCAAGAGCUGGGUGAGCUGAUUGGCCAACCCAAGGCAGGUCGUACUCUCCACAAGUUUGUGCAUCAGUUCCCCAAGCUAGAUCUUCAAGCCCACGUCCAACCUGUCACUCGCUCUUUGCUCAAGGUGGAAUUGACCAUCACACCUGAUUUUCAAUGGGAUGAAAAGGUCCAUGGUCUUGCUGAAGCCUUCUGGAUCAUGGUGGAGGAUGUCGAUGGUGAGCAUAUCUUGCAUCAUGACUACUUUGUCUUGAAGCAGAGAUACGCUGAGGAAGAGCAUUUGGUGUCAUUCACAGUGCCUCUGUUUGAGCCCUUGCCUCCCAACUAUUAUGUCACUAUUGUUGCUGAUCGCUGGUUGCACUGCGAAACCAAGCUGCCUGUCUCUUUCAAGCACCUGAUCUUGCCUGAAAAGUAUGCUCCUCACACUGAGCUCCAUGAUCUGCAACCUUUGCCUAUUGCUGGUCUGAACAAUCCUGAUUACGAGAAGCUCUACUCUGGAUGGAUCAACCACUUCAAUCCUGUGCAAACUCAAGUCUUCAAUGCCUUGUAUACAACCAAUGAGAAUGUAUUCAUUGGUGCUCCUACUGGCUCUGGCAAGACUGUGUGUGCUGAAUUUGCUCUUCUGCACCUGUGGAAUCAAACCAGCGAUUCUCGUUCCGUGUACAUUGCUCCUUACCAGGAAUUGGUUAAUGAACGUGUUGCUGAAUGGACCGAGAAGUUUGGUAAGCUCAACAAGGAGGUGGUUGCGUUGACUGGUGAGACCAGUGCUGAUUUGAGAUUGCUGGAGCGUGGUGAUAUCAUUUGCUGUACUCCCACUCAAUGGGAUGUCAUCUCUCGUCGCUGGAAGCAGAGAAAGAAUGUACAAAAUGUCGACUUGUUCAUUGCGGAUGAGAUCCACAUGAUUGGCGGUGAUCUGGGCCCUACCUACGAAGUUAUUGUGUCCAGAAUGAGAUACAUUGCCUCUCAGACUCAAAAGGCAAUCCGUAUUGUAGCCAUGGGUACCUCACUUGCCAAUGCUCGUGAUUUGGGUGAGUGGAUUGGCGCCACUUCCCAAACAGUGUUCAACUUCCAUCCCUCUGUGCGUCCCGUGCCUCUGGAAAUCCACAUCCAAAGCUACAAUGUGCCUCAUUUUGCCUCUCUCAUGAUUGCCAUGGCUAAGCCCACAUAUCUUGCCAUCACAGCACAUACCAACAACAAGCCUUCCAUUGUGUUUGUGCCGUCCAGAAAGCAGUGCAAAGCAACAGCGCUUGAUCUUAUCACUUAUUGUGUUGCUGAUGACAAGCCCUACCAGUUCUUGGGCUGCAAGGUGGAGGAAAUCCAGUCUCUGCUAGACCGCGUGCAAGACAAAUCGUUGGUGGAGAACCUGCAACACGGUAUUGGCUUCUACCAUGAGGCUCUUUCCAAACAAGACAAGAAGAUUGUGGAGCAGCUCUAUGAAACGGGUGCCAUUCGUGUCAUUAUCGCCUCUCGUGAUUCUUGCUGGGGACUCACGCUUCAUUCACACAUGGUUGUCAUUAUGGGCACACAGUACUUUGAAGGCAAGGAACAUCGUUAUGCUGACUAUCCCAUCACCGAUGUCUUGCAAAUGAUGGGCCGUGCUUGUCGUCCCAAGGAAGAUGAAACUGGCAAAUGUGUGUUGAUGUGUCAGGCCAACAAGAAGGAGUUUUACAAGAAAUUCUUGUACGAGGCUUUGCCUGUGGAAUCGCAUUUGGACCAACUGCUGCACGAUCAUUUUAAUGCUGAAAUUGUGACCAAGACCAUUGAAAACAAGCAAGACGCUGUGGACUAUCUCACUUGGACCUUCUUGUACAGACGCAUGGCUCACAACCCCAACUACUAUGGCUUGCAGGGCACCUCACAUCGUCAUUUGUCUGAUCACCUCUCAGAGCUGGUAGAGACUACGCUCACUGAUCUGGAGGAGACCAAGUGUAUCACCAUUGAGGACGAAAUGGACAUCAGUCCUCUCAACCUGGGUAUGAUUGCUGCCUACUACAAUAUCAACUACACCACAGUGGACAUGUUCAGUGUCAGUUUGAAGAACACCACCAAGCUCAGAGGUCUGCUGGAGAUUGUGUCUUCUGCUACUGAGUUUGACAACAUUCCUAUCCGCCAUCAUGAAGAGGCUGUCUUGAAGCGUAUCUACGACCGCGUACCUGUCAAGUUGGCUACACCCAAGUUCAAUACUCCUAGAAUCAAGACCAACAUCCUGUUACAAGCGCACUUUUCUCGUGUUCAAUUACCAGCAGAUCUCCAGUCAGAUCAAACUGUGAUUCUUGAAAAGGUGAUUCCUCUCUUGCAAGCUUGUGUGGAUGUCAUCUCUUCCAACGGUUGGUUGUCGCCUGCUUUAGCUGCUAUGGAACUGUCUCAAAUGUCUGUGCAAGCCAUGUGGGAUCGCGAUUCUCCUCUGAAGCAAAUUCCUUACUUUACCAACGAAGUCAUCAAGCGAUUUGAGGCCAAUGAAGUGGAGUCCGUGUUUGAUAUCAUGGAGUUGGAAGAAGAUGUGCGCAAUGAUUGUCUCCGUAUGGAUCAACGCAAAUUGCGUGAAGUCAUUCGCUUCGUCAAUAGAUACCCUAGUGUUGAGGUUGGUUUUGAGGUGGCUGAUAAGGAAUCUGUGUCUGCUGGUGGCAUCGUCAAUGUCAGAGUUCAACUGGAGCGUGAAGACGAAGACGAGGAGGAGCAAGAAAUUGGCCCUGUGAUUGCACCUUACUUCCCCAAGAAGAAGGACGAAGGCUGGUGGAUCGUGAUUGGCGAUCCAGAGACCAAGACUUUAUUGGCUAUCAAGCGAGUGACAUUACAACGCAAAUCUACUGUGAAGCUUGAUUUCGUGGCUCCCAAGGCUGGUCAUCACACCAUGAAGGUCUAUUUGAUGUCGGACAGUUACAAUGGCUGUGAUCAAGAGUUGGAUAUGGACUUGGAUGUUGCUGAAGGUGAAAGCAGUGAAGAGGAGAAUGAGUCUAUGGAUGAAGAUGAAGAGUAG